AUGACCUCACGUGACCUCACAACCUCAGGCGACCUCACGACCUCAGGGGACCUCACAACCUCAGGCUACCUCUCCGUCACGCCGUCUCUUCUGACCGACGCGACCUCGCCGUCACACCAUCUUCACGACCUCUACGUCACGCCAUCUUCACGACCUCGAGCUUCAGCACCGAAUGACAAUGCUAUCUCCAAUGGUAAGGGCCAAACAUCACUGUCAAAGAGUUUCUUUAGCACAAAGUCCAAGCAGAAGAAUUAUACUUCGCUCAAUGCUGUUACUUCAGUCGUUGAUGGUUUAAAAAUAUUGUACAAUGAGAAGCUAAAGCCUGUAGAAGCUACUUACCGGUUCAAUGAUUUUGUUUCUCCUUUUCUGACUAGUAGUGACUUUGAUGCAAAACCUAUGGUCAUGCUUUUGGGUCAAUACUCAACCGGGAAAACAACAUUUAUCAAGCACUUGCUCAAACCCAACUAUCCAGGUGCUCAUAUUGGACCCGAGCCAACUACUGACCGAUUUAUUGUUGUCAUGUCCGGGCCCGACGAAAGGAGUAUUCCUGGCAAUACAGUCGCAGUUCAGGCCAACUUGCCAUUCACUGGUUUGACUACUUUUGGUGGAUCGUUUUUGUCAAAGUUCGAGUGUUCGCAAAUGCCACAUCCCCUGCUCGAGCAUAUUACUCUUGUCGACACUCCUGGGGUUUUAUCCGGUGAAAAACAACGUACACAAAGAAGCUAUGAUUUCACAGGUGUCAUAUCAUGGUUUGCUGCAAAUCUCGAUAUUAGUGACGAGUUCAAGAAGGUGAUUUCGUCACUACGUGGUCAUGAUGACAAAAUAAGAGUUGUUUUGAACAAAGCUGAUCAAUUUAGGGAAGUUUUAAAUCGUUAUAACAUUGAUGAGUUUGAAAAUUUGAAGCCAAAAAUGAUUCAGGUUGUUGAUGACAUGCUUGGUGUUCAUAUUCCUGAGCUGUUGAAAAGCUUUAGGAACAUUUAUGAUUAG